AUGCUACAGUUUUCCACACUCACGGCGGCAGCUGUACUAAUGGCCGCCACCGUCCGAGGCCAAGGCACCUCAGGCCAGUCAACGAUCUCCACCACAGCUUCAUCAAAUUCUGCUUCUAGUAGUACUCAUAUCCCAGUUUUCGGAGCCGGGGCAACGACCAUUCCGCUUUCUGGUGUAGCUGGUAGCAUCGUUGGAGCCGAUUCAACAGCCACUACUAUUGCACUGAACUGCGCCAACAGCACAAGCUGUGGUAUUGGCACGAAACCAGUAACCUUUACCCAAGGACCAUCAACAUUGGUUGCUGAUAUCGUCACUCAAACUGAUCUGGAAGGUCAUUCUGGAACACUCACUGUUGCCGUCGCCUGCAAUGUGGUUUCCAGUACACAAGCUGCGACUUGCACUGCCACGGCCACCGUCGCGAUCGGGGCUCAAAGUCAAACUUCUGCUAUAACAAUCACCACCACUACGACUAUACCUUCCGGCCAGAUUCAUUAUGACCAACUUCUUAUUACGGCUGGUGUUGACAAAUUGAAUAGUCCUGCAGCUUCUCAUACGUCGAGCGGCUUCGCUGGUGCUGUUGCUGCACCACUUCCAACGGGUUAUAUGGGUAUCGGCGUUGGUGGUAUGGCUGCAGCGGCUGUCGCUCUCACUCGUCCCAAUCUACUCCAAUCGCAUCCACGACCUUCAUUUUAUGCCCAGGUAUUGCCACACAAGUUUGAUAAAAAUGGUUACGCCAACUCAGGUACUUUCAACGAAGAUUUUGAGAUAUAUUUUGCUUGGAUAAUGAACGGCGGUCAAUUCCCAAUUACAGUUGAUGAGCUCUUCCAUACCUAG